AUGGCCACUCCCGCUGCUGUCCAGCAGUGGACCACAGACGCGAACGAAGCCCUAUCCCUCUCUCUCAUCCGCGCCCCAGAGGACAAAGCAUCGCUAUGGGCGAGGGAGGUUUAUGAGGGCUUUCACCCAACAUUCACGUACCCAAUAUUCGGUGAGGAGGAGAAGAUAUAUGGCUACAAGGAUCUCGCGAUGGAGCUCAAGUUCGCAUCUGGCUCCCUCGCGCACUAUCUCAACGUGCAACACUCGGAGAAGCUGCCCUCAACGUCAACUGUGGACGACAUCGAGGGCAUGCUCUCCAAGUUCAUACCCCCAGACUACUACACCGAUGAGAAGAAGUUCCUAGAGCGCGUCGAGCACGAUGCCCUGAACUUCAAGCCGUUUGGAAAGAAGAUCUACUCGUACACCCGCGCUGCAACGACACUCACGAAGGGCAAGAAUGUAGCUAUACCGCAAGUCCUCAACCCAGAGGACGAGGAAACCGUGGAUUUCGAGGUUUAUCAUGUGAGCAGUAGCACUUGGUCAACACCCGGCUUCCGGGAGUUCCACAGACGAAUGCAGCUAUUCGUGCUGCUCUACAUCGAGGGCGGGUCGUACAUCAGUGAGACAGAAGACACCUGGGAGUUCGCCACCCUGUACGAGAAGCGGAGACGGCGGUCCGCGCCCGACGUCACGACGUACCACUUCGUCGGCUACUCGACGCUCUACCCCUUCUACUGUUUUCCCGAGCGCGUUCGGAUGCGCAUCUCCCAAUUCCUCAUCCUUCCACCGUACCAGCAAGACGGCCAUGGGUCCGCGCUGUACACCGCGAUCUACCAGCACGUGCUUGCGAGCCCAAGCAUCGCGGAGCUCACCGUUGAGGACCCUGCGGAGGCCUUCGAGGACCUGCGGGACCGGAACGACCUGAAGAUGCUCAUCGCGAACGACAAGUUCAUGCGCGAAGGGUUCGGGCCGGAGGCGGUGUCGACGAAUGGCGGCAAAGUCCCUCGCACGAAACGGGGGAAGGCCCGGCCAAUGCGCGCGGGCGCCGGCAAGAUGGGCCCACCGGCGGAGCGCGCCUGGCUCGAGAAGUGGCGUACGGAGUUGAAGAUCGCCGGGCGGCAGUUCAAUCGGCUCAUCGAGAUGCUCAUCCUGAAGCACAUGGACCCGGCGGACGAGCGCGCGCAACGUUCGUACCGGUUGCAAGUCAAGGAGCGGCUGUACCGCUUCAACUAUGAGAUUCUCAUGCAGCUGGACAAGCAAGACCGGCAGGCGAAGCUCGAGGAAACGUUCCAGAGCGUUGUCGCAGACUACAAGCGGAUCCUCGGACACGUCCUCUGA